GUGUUCUGAGUAUGAUACAGUAGUGUGGCCCACCAAACCACCAAACUCGAAUAUUAUCUAGGUGCGAAGAAGGUAUCGAUCUGUCAUAAAAACUUAAGUUGUGCACGGUUCAUAAACCAGCUCAAGAAGGUUUGCAUUAGCAGUAGCUUUCCUACCUGUGACCAUCCAGGUGAGGUUCGUACUGGAUAAUGGCAGAAUAAACCAAAGAUACAGUAUACCCCAUUGAAAAGGUUCUCCAGUUCGAAUAUCGACCAUCAAUAUUGCUAAGUCCGGUUUGACCUUUGGUCGUACUAUAUAACUAAGCUCUUCCGUCUGUACAUGCUGUAAUGACAGCUUCAAAUCGGCUCAAGCCUUUGUCUGAGAUUAACACAAGCGUACUAUAGCGGAGAGAGGCUAAUAAAGCAAAGUCAAUAGAGAAAAAUGAGCGCGACUCUAAGAAGGAGUACAGAAAUACGUACGCGAGGACGUGGUGACAAAGGAGGGAAAAGUCUGAUAGUUGCCGAAGCAAGAGCUAGGGAGACAAUAAGGACUGCACAAAAGAUUACAACUGUUGGAUAUUCGGCAUGCAAUGGCAUUACAAUUGGCUCUGUCAUCACUUGGCCGAGCAAUGCAAGGCUUCUUGCGAACAAGAAUAAUCCCAGCCGCUCGAUUGGUAGAGUGUGGGGAAUACAUGAUGACUGGCUGUUUGUGCAAAAAUACGUCAGCGGGUGGGAUAUGGAGGAGCAACAUUGUGAUGUUUGCGUCCCAGAAUUCGAUGUCUAUAUACCUUGCGAUGUUUUUGAUGUGAUAUUACGAAAUAGCAAGGUUCGAAAGAUAGACGUCUACGACAUGGAAUCGGAUAGAAUCUUCGACGGUAUUUUCGAGGUCAAAGGUAACGGGGGCAAGGGACGGCUUUGGAUUGACGGAAGUAUUGACGACAAUGAGUCGAGACUGGCUAGGCUGCUAAGAGGACCGGCCUAG